AGUAUCUUUAACUAGAGGAAGAGAGAAAGAAAAAGAGAUAGUCCAUGUUUCAAUAUCAUUGGAGGAUGUUAUAAUGUCAAUUUGCAUCGAGAUUGUUUCUAUUACUCGAUAAAAUCAUUCGAUAAAAUCAUUCGAUUAUUUGUUCAUGAAUUGAGAAUGAGCUUGCAAAUAUUCUUAAUAGAUCAACAAUUAUUGAAUAAAAGAUGAAAUGGAAGUUGACACGGAUAUACGAGAAAAACUAUUUCAUAAUACGGUACGAGAGAAUAUUAUAUUCCUACUCCUUUACUUUCUGCUGUAUAUUUCAAGUUACUUGAUACUAGCAAAAUGCUAUAGAAAAGAUCGAGAUGAUUACUCAACCGUUGAUGAAGAUGAAGCUAUCGUUUAUAAAAUUAGUCUUUGGCUUUGUACUGCGGUCUUUGCUGUGUCGGUCGGAGCAACUUUAUUGUUGCCGAUCUCAAUUAUAAGCAAUGAAGUACUCAUCAUUUACCCUGAUAGUCAUUAUGUUCAAUGGUUGAAUACUUCUCUUAUACAAGGUCUUUGGAAUCAUGUGUUUUUAUUUUCUAACCUGUCACUGUUCGUUUUCUUACCAUUCGCUUACUUUUUUAUGGAAUCUGAAGGAUUUGUUGGCAAUCGAAAGGGUGUAAUGUCGAGAGUUUAUGAAACUGUCAUUGUGCUUGGUUUAAUAGGGAUAAUGGUUCUUGGAUUGGCCUAUGUUUUCUUAGCUCUCACAAACUAUCAAGAAUCAAGUUUUUUUACAAUGCUCAAUCUAUGGAGAUAUUAUGUGCUCUUUAUGUAUUCAUGUGUAUCGUUUGUUGGAGUUCUAAUAUUACUAGUGUGCACACCUCUGGGAUUUGUCAGACUGUAUGAAGUUGUUGGUUCCUUACUGAUAAAACCACAAUUUUUAAGGAAUUUGGAUGAUGAGUUUCUUGCAUACAAAUUGGAAGAAGAUAGUAUAAAGAGAAGAUUUGAUUGUUGUAGGCUCUACAAUUCCAAAUCAACAGAGAAUAAUCAUGUGAUAUUAAAUUCAAUGCUACCAUCGAUCAACGAAACACCGUUCGAUGAUGAAGAGCAAAUUACUAACCACAAUUCAAGCUCAAUAGAAAAUGACAAUAAUAAGCAACAUCUGGUGGAAAGAUUAAUUGAUAUCCGGUUUCAACUACAAGUUCUAGAUCAACAAAAAAAAUCAUGUUGGAUUAGACGAACUUUCAUGUACCCUUUCGCAAUGUUGACUUUAUUCUUGCUUUCCACGACUACUGCAUUACUUGCUUUCCAAAAUACAAUGGAAUUGUUAAUUGGAAUUAAAGCUUUACCGCUGAUUACCAAGGUAUGACCAACUUUGAUCUCCUAGGAGAUUUUGGACAGAUAAAAUGGCUCAGUAAUUUCCAAUUGCUGUUAUUGUACAACUUAAUAUUUGCAAUUUCUGCAAUUUCAUGUUUAAGUACAAAAUUUACAGCCACUGUCAGAAGAAAAUUAUGUAGUAAGCUUCGUAGCAGCUUAAGAGGAGUAUUUAAACGCCAAUACAAAGAAAAUGUGAUAAUAGAAUUUUCUUCUAAGAAUAAGUAAAAUAAAUUUGUUUUUUGUAAAUACAUGAUAA